AUACAGUUUGAGGUCUGGCUGGGCUCUAACUUUGCAUACUUACCAGAUCAUUCAAACUGCCCUCUUUCAGCCCCCAUGGACACUACUAUCACAGACUCACAGAAGCCUUUCUCUUUGGACCCCUACCAUGUCUCUGAGGAAUUUGGCUUCAUCCUCCCUGCACCCCUGGCAGAGUUGCCGCCAUACUACCAGCCCUGGAUGGACAUUGCCCAGCAUGUUACAGAGCUCAUUUACUCUCACCUGCUGCGUUCCCACAUUCUCAAGAUGCCCCUGCUGAACACCCAACUCCUGGAGAGCCACAGAGAGCUGCGUCUGGCCCACUUGGCCCUGAGUGUGAUGACCAUGGGCUACGUGUGGCAGGAGGGGGAGGAUGACACAGUCAAGAUGCUUCCCCGCAACCUGGCCAUUCCAUACUGUGAGGUGUCUCAGCGCCUAGGACUUCCUCCCAUCCUUACCCAUGCAGACGCAGUACUGGCUAACUGGAGGAAGAGGGAUCCACAGGGACUGUUUGACAUGGAGAACUUGGAACUGCUUGUCACGCUACCUGGUGGGGACAGUAUGAGAGGGUUCUUCAUGGUCACUCUGCUAGUGGAGCUGGCUGCAGUGCCAGCCAUUAAGAGUAUUCCUUUGGUUAUUAAUGGGGUCCAGCGCGGUGAUGCUGAGACUGUAACCAGAGCACUAGAGGAAUUCAGCCAGGCCAUACAGGGCAUGACAGAUGCACUUAAACUGAUGCAUGAUGUCUCUUAUGUUGUUCCAGUGUAUGUCAAACCAGAAGUCUUCUAUGGCAUUAUGAGGAUCUAUAUGUCUGGGUGGAAAGACAACUCCUCCAUGCCAGAUGGGUUGGUGUAUGAGGGCGUCCAGGCAGAGCCUAUGGAGUAUUCUGGUGGGAGUGCUGCCCAGAGCAGUCUGCUGCACUGCUUUGAUGAGCUGCUGGGUGUCAAACAUGAAGCAAUGAGUGGUGCCUUUCUGACCCGUAUGAGGAACUACAUGCCCCCUUCCCACAAGCGUCUGAUCCAGGACAUCUCUCUGCAGCCCUCCCUGCGAGGCUUUGUCCAGCAGCAGGCCUGUGAGCCGCUAACCGCAGCCUUCCAGCUCUGUGUGACCAAGCUGCUUGCCCUCCGUAGCUACCACAUCAACGUGGUCAGCCGCUUCAUCACUGUGCCCGCUGCCCGUGCCCGACAGCUCCGAAACCAGGGGAACAUUUCCCAGGAAGAGACUGUCAGCAGGGCGCCCACGGCACUGGAGGAGAAGGGCACCGGCGGCUCGGGCAUCAUGAGCUUCCUAAAGACUGUAAGGGACCGCACACGGGACGUCUUUAAUCUAAAAUAGAAUGUAAAAUAUGUAUCGGAUGACUAGUCCAGACCGACUGUGCUCAUACCACAAUCCCCAAUUCCUGCAUGAGGGUCAGACGCCUUGACUUUUUCUACAUUUUGUUAUGUUUAAGUAUUAUUCUAGAAUUGAUUAAAUAGCCUUAUGUUUUCA